UCGAUUGUACCCCAAUUCUAGUCCUUCUUUAUCUCCCAGAUUAAUCCCCGAAGUGGUCCGUGUCGUUAUCGCGGGGGAUCAACAGCGGAAAACCCGCCGCCACUCGCAGACACUCGCAGCCACAUCCAUUUGUCGGUCAGGUCGGUGAUUGUCGCGCGUCGCUCAGCAUUCCUCUCGCAGCUGGGAAACUUUCCCUGGCGGCGCGCGUCUCGCUGGGUUUUGGAUGACAGCCCACACUCACAAACGCCGCUCGAGUUGGGGUCUGCUGGGUCAUUGCGCGUUUCGCUCGGACGAUGUUUACCCGGUCUUCCAAAGCCACCACCACGGUUACCUCCAUCGACAUGGUCUCGCAAGCUCAAGUUCUCGAUCGUUCCAUCCCGGCGCAGAGUACGCUCUCCUCCGCGUCACGGCAUUCGCACUCCAGCCGACGACAUCGCUCGAGUCGCUCUCACCAUGGCGGGCUAACUCAUCAGCCCCAAAACGAAUUUCCCAUCUUUACUCACACCGGUGAUGUCGAAAUCGUGAUUCGCGCCGGGGGCCAGGAGCAACGCUACCUACUCCAUCGAUUGAUUUUGACGCAAUGCUCUGGGUUUUUCGAGGCUAGCACUCGGGAUGGGUGGUCACCACAAGCACCGUCGAGGCCGUCGAACCCGGACCCCGGUCUUCUGUCGAGAAUCAGCGACAAUUCUUCAUUGUCUAAUGGCUCGACCCUGGCUCAGUCAGAGAGCGGAGGGUCGUCAUGGUCUUUGGAGAAGAGGCGUUGGAAAUACGAGCUUGACUGGGAGAAUAAGGCCGAGGAUGAGGAUCCUAUCCUGGUUCAAAAGCCGCCUAGCUAUUCUAGCGCAUUCGGGUGUGAACCUGGACAAUAUCCCCCCUCGGUGACAAAGCCUUCCAACACACAGACGGGAUUUGUUCGUUCCAUGGCCAACCUGGCAGGGAUGCAGUCGGCGGUGGUUCUUCCGCACAGGAACAGUACGUCGAACCCGCCAGUGGAUCCCACCAUUCGUGACUACGACAAUCUGUUCCGCAUGUUCUACAAUUACCCGCCGAUGAUUAACAGCGUCAAUAUCGCGACUGCCUACUCAGAAUGCCGGGCUCUGCUCGCCCUGGCGGACAUGUACGAUGCACUCCCUGUCACUGGCCCACGGGUGGACCAUCACCUCCUGGGAUUCGGGUCGCGGCUAUUCAAACAGAUCGCCAAGUAUCCCCCCAGCUACCUCAAAUUGGGCUACAUGGCACGAAGCCGGGUCAUCUUUUCCGAGGCACUGAUCCACGUAGUUGGACAAUGGCCGGCCGCUGUGCCGCACCUGCGCAACGGCAGCUACUCGCCGUUGCCGAAUGCGGUCCUCGAUAUCAUCGAGGAUAAGGUCGAGGAUCUCGAGGACCUGAAAGCGCGCGUCGACUCCAAGCUCCUCCGUCUAACCCUGACCACCUCGCGCGGCGAGCGCGUCAGCCCGACGAACGCCUACCUUGACUGGCUGGCCGUCUCCUUGUUCCGGCAAUGGUUCGUCGACAGCACCACUCCGCCUCCGCCCCCCAUCCUCAAGAACACAUCGACACAUCCCAGUCACCAUCACCACGGCCACGGCCACAGUCACCACCGAUCCACCUCCAAUCUUCCUUCAUCUUCCUCCCGUGGCCAACCCUCCGUCGCGCCCCCGUUUUCCACCGCACGCAUCUACCGCUUGAUCGGCUCCUCCUCCAGCCAGGCCUAUCUCGCCCACGACGACCUCAAACGCUUCCUCAAAGUCCACCCCACGCCUUCCGCCGAGGCCCUGUACAACCGCGACGUCAUGAAACGAUUCGAGCGCAAAAUGGACGAAAUCAAACGGCUGGCCCGCGAAAUCGUCAAGCCGUUGAUGCGGAACUUCCUCGAGUUAGACCUAAAAGACAACGGCAGCGGCAGCGGCAGUAGUAGUGAGGGUAGCUUACCAUAUCUGACCUGCACCAAGGUCGAAGACGAGGAUAUUCCAUGGGAGUGAUCAGGCCUGCCCCCUGACAAACCACGUGCAACAUACCAAAAGACCAAGAAUUACUACGCUACGACAACCACAACAUACUUCUUCAACACAUUU